AUGUGCGACGCGAAUGUCGAUCAGGGAAGUGACCCUGAAUUGUGGGGUAACCGCACGGGCCCCGCAGCGUCAUCGCUAGAACACAAGGACAAGGAUUGCGGUCAUUUCGAUUACACUUUUGGCAUCUACAAAUCCGUACGAUACACUAGUGACAGUUCGCCCCAGGCUACGCCCUCGACUCGGUCUUCAAAAUCCUCCGAUAGCCCAUCUGUGAUGCGUGAGCCAAACUCGUUCGAACUACAAACAAUCUCCCCACACCAGGAGCCCGUGUCGAAAGAAGAGCUGGAAGGUGAAGAAGACGACGGUCUGCUACCUAGUGGGCGUCGCCCCUCGAUCGAUUCAGUUCAAAGUUAUGAACUCUAUACCCCAGACGAGGACCGUACAGUCCUGAAUAAGCUAGAUCGGAGGCUAGUUGUGUUCAUGGCCUUCCUCUACAUGUUGGCGUUCUUGGAUCGGUCGAACAUUGGUAAUGCACGUAUAGCUGGCCUUCCAGAAGACUUGAAGCUCAGCCCUGCUCAAUAUGAGUGGCUUCUAUGGGCCUUUUAUAUCACCUACAUUAUCUUCGAAUGGAUGAUAUUAAUGUAUCGCGUUGUACCGCCACACAUCUACAUCUCCUUGUGUGUCCUGUCUUGGGGCAUCAUAGCAUCGCUCCAAGCAGUUACGAAUUCGUUCGGUUUCCUCUUUAUACUGCGAGCUCUGCUUGGUCUCAGUGAAGCUGCCUUCGCUCCGGGCAUACCAUUCUACCUGUCUUUCUUUUACCGCAGACGUGAGCUCGCCUUUCGGACCGGACUCGUCGUCAGUGCAAGCCCCCUCUCGGCAUCAUUUGCUGGCGCUUUAGCCUAUGGCAUCACCAAGAUCGGAGAGCAUACCCGGCUAAAUCCAUGGCGAUUGUUAUUCUUGGUGGAGGGAUUUCCGUCUGUCCUGGUUGCUGUCUGGGCCUGGGAUGUCAUCCCAGACGGGCCGGGUUUUGUAAAGUGGCUCAGUCCAAGGCAGCGUGAGGUUGCAGUAAUGAGACUGAGAUCAGAAAAGGAGAAAGAAGACCAAGACAAGGAUGAUGAAAAGUACCAAGGCCGAGGAAAAAGAGGAGGUCUCGAUUUCCGCGAGGUGCUUCAGACUCUGAAAGACCCAAAGGCCUACCUGACAGCGUUUAUGUUCUUCUCUUGCAAUGUUGCAUUUGCUUCAAUGCCGGUUUUCUUACCCACAGUCAUAAAAGACAUGGGCUGGGAGUCGAUUACCGCGCAAGGUUUGACGGCACCCCCGUAUCUAUUCGCCUUUGUAACUGUGCUCAUCACCGCACACUACUCGGAUCGUCUGCAGUCACGCUCAACCUUUAUCAUGUUACACUCCUUGCUCGCCACGGCCGGAUAUGCUACUAUUGCGAUAUCUGGUUAUCUUGAGUCUGACAACACCACAGUUCGCUAUAUCGCCCUAUUCCCUGCCGCCGCAGGCUUCUUCAGUGCGAUCACAUGUAUCGUAACGUGGACGGUCAACAACCAGGAAAGUGACAGCAAAAAGGGUGCCGGAAUGACCCUUUUGAAUCUCAUUGGACAAAUCGGGCCGUUGGUUGGUACAAGCAUUUUCCCUGACCAAGAUGGCCCGUACUAUGUCAAAGGCAUGAGUAUAUGUGCUGCAUUCAUGCUGCUAGUUGGAAUUCUCGCUGCGGUGCUAAGAUGGGUCCUGAUCAAAGAGAAUAGAAAGUUGAAGGACAGCGGUCAUGCAGAAUACGCGGGUGUGCCAUUCGAGGAGGGUGGAAGUAUGGCGCGAAAGAGGAACAAGUUCCAUUUUAUGCUGUAG